GAUUGUGUUAGUUGUGUGUGUGGGCGUGUGUGUUUUGUUUAUCAAAUUGUGCUUUUUUGAUGCCAUUCUUUGAAAAAAAAAUCAAAAUUUUUUAUUCUUAUGAAAGCAAUUUGGAUCCUUAUUGCUGAAAUGUUCUUUCGUACGCCUGAAAUGAACAUUUCCAAGUGAAAAGAAUUUCAUUUCAUUAUACUGAUAAAAUAAUAGUGGACAAGACACUAGAACAUCAGUGUACAAGUACAACUUAGGCCAUCAUGUAUUUUCGGUAAAGUUUGAUGACUUCAACUGCAAUUUUUUCAAGUUCGGAGUACCGGUAAUAAUUUUUAAUGCAUCCUACGACGAAUGAAUUGAUACAUUGACCAUCACCUGCGAUAUGUUACCAUCGGAAUUGAUCGGAGUAUGCCGAUUGUGUUUGGUCAAAGACCAAGUAGAAGUUAAUAUCUUCGAAAAUGAUUCUAAGGAUAUCUAUUACCGAAUUUCGACCUGCCUUCCAGUCACCAUCGCCUCAGAAGAUAAAUUACCCAAAAAAAUAUGUCUUAGUUGCCACGAUAAGAUAAAUAUGUUCUACGAUUUUUGGAAUCAAACAUUGACUACCGAAAAACAUUUAUUAUCGUGGCUGAAUCUUGAUUCCGAAACUUCGAACAAUAUUUGCGAUAGUUCCCAGUCUUAUUCUUAUUGCGUUUCUGAGAGUAAUGACGCAGAUAUCAAUCAUUCUACGAGCAUCGAUAGCGACGAAAAUAAUGCAGACAGUGAUUUAGAGAAUAGUGUAGACAAACGGAAAUCUAACGAAUGCAGUGAACCUGAAAAUAACCUUAUACUCAAUGUGGAUUAUCAAGAUGACAAACCAGGACCUUCCGGUUUUCAAGUUGAACAAACUUCUGCGCUGAAACAAUUACAAGGGUAUACCGACGAAUUGGCGAAUAAUUCGCUGAGUAAUUUAUCGAAAAUAUUCCAAGUAUUGAAUAGCCCCGAGGAUAUGUCAGAAAACACAUUAUCACCCGCUGCACCUUCGCCUUUGCCUGAAAAACGACCUCAUACGAACGAUCAUUUCGAACCCGAACCUCUAUACAAAUGUGAAACUUGCAGCAAGACGUUUUCAUGCGAGGAUAUCUUAGCUAUGCAUAAAUUGAGCCAAUGCAACGAGCAGGGCGACUUGAAGAAAUGCUAUUUGUGCGACGAAACGUUUACGAAUCCGUCGACGCUAGCCGAGCAUAUGAAGAACAUUCACGACGAUCGUAAAUUUCAAUGUGAAGAGUGUGGCAAAUGUUUUCUAACCAAGCACCACUUACGUAUGCACAGUUCGAUGCAUUUAGAUUCUAAGCCAUUUUCGUGCCAAAAAUGCGGUACCAAUUUCCGUUAUAAAAAAACCUACGAAACGCACGUCAAAAUCCACGCCAAUGAGAAAAAAUCAACCGACGAGCAGACGUUCGUUUGUGACAUUUGCGAGCAACGUUUUUCUACGCGUAAUUCCUAUAUACAUCACGCUCGAAGUCAUAAAAACGUUACCGGUAAAUGCAAACUGAUGUGUUUCGUUUGUAACCAGACUUUCGCCUCGAAACGUAUGCUUACUCAGCAUCUACGUACGCAAUGUGGAGAAAAAACGCAUACGUGCGACGUCUGUGGAAAAGAGUUACUGACUAAAGAGUCGUUAGAUUGCCAUAAACUUAUACACGUCGAUGAGAAAUCGUUAGUUUGUAAAAUUUGCGGUAAAACCUUCUCACAUCGUAAAUAUUUCGUUGUCCAUCAACGCAUACAUACCGGUGAGAGACCUUACAAGUGUAUCACUUGUAAUAAAACCUUUACUCAGGCGUCUACGUUAACUGUACAUCGACGAUAUCAUACUGGAGAACGUCCCUACAAGUGCUUCGUUUGUUCUAAAGGUUUUGUCACUCGUACAAUCAUGUUAUCUCACUUGAAAUAUCACAAAAAGUCGUGAUGAAAUCGUAUAUACUUUGGCAUCGCUAUUCGAUUAUAUAAUGUGAUUACAGUAUUACACCUUGAUUUAAUUCAGCACGUUGUUUCGUAUUCUUUGUAAGCUUCUUGAUAGUUUGACUGUUAAUUUAGAAAGCGAAUAUUUAAUGUUCUACAUAUGAAAAUUUGAAAUUCAAUUGAAUUCGUUCUGUUUGGAUUUCAGCAGUGCAUGUUUAUGAAGGGAAAAAUUUUUCAAAUCCGUGAAAUCUAAUAAGAGUAUAGUUUUUCGAUUUUUGUUUUUAAGUAAAGAUAAUUGCUUUGGAAUUUCUCGCCGUUCAACUGACCAUAUCUUUUCGGAGAAGAUUCAUUCUGAGAAGUCGUACCGAACCAUAUUCUUUCUCAUUGAAUAAUCAUCGUAAUAUUAUGUGUGGUAGCAUUAUUCUUUUGAUGUGAGUUAUAAUAAUGUUUUUAAAAAUUCAUAAUCUAUUUUGAUAGUAUUUGUACUCGUCUUCCUUCCAGUUUCUUAAAUCAUAUUUUGGAUUUUUAUAUAUACAUUUUUUAAAAUAACUUUUACAGAGCAGUUCCUAUUUGUUUAUGUUUGGGUAUUUCUUUUCAAUUUACCUUCUUCUACGAUUAACGUAUCGAAUAAUAUUGAGUAGUUGAGUUACCAUCAGAUUUUUAUUACGUGGUUAUCAAUUUCGUAACAAUUCGAUUCCUACGUUAAAAAAUAUAAGGAUAAAAUUCAUUCGAUGAAUUAUUUGAUUCAACGAUGGUUCAAUCUGAAAUAUUUCUCUGUUCAUUUAGGUAGGUAUUGAAAAUAAAAGUUAUUGAAUGGAGAUUUGUGUUGGAAAAUCGUAUUUCAAUUUCAGAAAUUGUACCGUUAGUUUGUCACUCAUUUAAGAUCUAGUUGAUAGAUUUUUCAUGAUCAUAUCUUGUAAUUUUUAUACGCAAUUUAUAUUUUCUUGGCGAAAAUGGUUUAAUUUCUACGUGUGUUAUUUAUCCCUAUCAUGUAGUUUUUAUUAAUGCUUAUCAACCUAAGUUUUUGGAGAAAAAAAAACAACAAAUACACGUUUUGUAUUUCCUA